AUAGAAGUCUGUGUGUGAUUGCAUAUUGGGCAGGAGCCAUUUUACAUAGCAUUAUAAGUGAGGUGAAUAGAAGAGAGGGCGUGUAAAAAAAGAAAAAAGCUGGUGCACAAAAGGACGUUCACGGGCACGUUCUCUCCGUGGACUCAGCGACUUUCAUUGUUUACUGAUAAUCCUGACAAACUCCACGCCAGGGUAUAAGAGCUGUAGCCCUGGUGUGACAUAAACACACUCUCAGAGUGAGCUCAGGCACCACCACACACAUCCUGAACAUACAGGCAUCAUGUCUUCCAACACCGAUAAAAAGACCACCUCUCAGACUGACGGCAAGGCCGGUCAGACCAAGAAGUCUGAAAUGGGCAUGAUGGCUUAUAAGAUGUACGUAUUUGACCAGGAGAACUUCCAGGGCCGCAUGAUUGAGAUCAACGCUGAGUGCAUGAAUGUGUGUGCAAUGGGCAUGGACAGGGUCCGCUCGCUGCGCGUGGAGUGUGGCCCUUUUGUAGGUUGGGAGCAGAUGAGCUUCUGCGGAGAGAUGUACAUCCUGGAGAAGGGCGACUACCCUCGCUGGGACUCCUGGAGCAACUGCCAGAAAAAUGACUACCUGAUGUCUUUUAGACCUGUCAGAAUGGACCCUGAGAAGCACAAGAUCUGUCUGUAUGAGGUGGGCGACUACAAGGGCCGUAAGAUGGAGAUCAUGGACGAUGAUGUGCCCAGUCUGUACUCCUACGGCUUCACCGACAGAGUAGGAAGCAUCUUCGUCGGCUGUGGAACCUGGGUAGGCUACCAAUACCCUGGCUACCGUGGCAGCCAGUACCUGCUGGAGAAGGGUGACUAUAGACACUUUAACGAGUAUGGAGCUCGCUGUCCUCAGAUGCAGUCCAUUAGGCGCAUCCGUGACAUGCAGUGGCACCCACAUGGCUGCUACACCAUGGCCACCAAGUGAGGGCCAGGCCAGCAGCGGAAGAGACGAAGCGGAGGAGAAGCAGAGGGCCGCCAGAGGAAGGAGAGGAGGAGAGAUGUCUGAGGACACUGUGACCCCACCCUUGAAAAUAUUCUUGGUGUACCUAGGCGGUGUUUAGGACCUAGAGACUCUUUUUGCAUCCUAGUGGAGCAGUUGAAGCUCCUGAGCUUCCUGAGUAACACAUAAACCUUUCCACCUCCACUCAGUUUAACUCCUCUCUUUCGCUCAUGCGCCAUGACUUUUGUUUUUCCUUCCACAUUUUAAUUUUUAUUACCUCUUCCCUUCCCCACCCUUUCAGGAAAGCAAAAGGGAGAAAAGAUGAGAUCUUUAGGCAUCUCCCAUUAUCAAAUGUACAGAAUCCUGGUCACCUUUUCAA